GGGGCCAGCUCCGAAUGUCGGUACGGACAUUGCCGGCGGAUACGCGUGCCCGGCGGUGACACCUUCGCACAAACGCCUUUCCGAAUCCAGCCCGGUACCGGCGUCGCUAUUAUUGUCGUUAUUACUGUUGUUAUUAAUUAUUACCGCCCGCGCUCGACUCUGCCCGAGCGGCGACGGCGGGAGAGCGCCGAGGAAAGGUAGAGAGGAAAAAAUGUCUUAUCCAGAGCGUGACUCUAGCAAGAAGGCUCCGGCAGGACUCUUGUUUCAAAGAGGACAAAGUGCUUCAGCAACAGCACAACUUUGAGAAAUGCAUCAUCACCACCAUCACCACCAUCAUCAUCACAGGAAGUUUUCUUAGGACACCAACAAAACUUGCAAAUAACAGAGCAAAACGAGAUCGAGGAACCGAGGAGAGAAAGACAGAGAGAGAGACAGAAAAAAAGGAAAAUAUACCCACACACAAAGCCUUAAAGGAAGAAGAAAAGGAAAAGUUUCGCUCUGAGAGGGGAAGGCUGAGAGGAGGAGAUGUACUCCUAGGGGAGCGGAGGGGAGAAGGCACGGGGGCUUUUUGAUCCCCCCCCCCCUUUUUUUCGCUUUUUAGCCUUUGUUUGGUUUCCUCCCUGCGAGCAGCAAACCCGGGCGAGAAGAAGGCGGAGGAAAACUACAUGUACAGCUAAAUAUUUCUCUUUUUUUGGAAAAAGAAAAAAAAAGAAAGGCUAAAAAAAUAUAAAAGGCGAAGCGAGAGCCGGCGACCGCAACGAGCGCGCCGCGGAGCGGAGGCAGGACGGCCGGCGGACGGGCGGAGGAGAGCGCGCAGCGGAGCGCUAGCAGGUGAACCCCGCGCCCCGGCGCCCCGGCGAGGCUGGGAAGGCGGCGGCGGCGGCGGCGCGGGCGGCGGCCCCGGCAGCAGCCCCGGCAGCGCCGGGCAAGGGCGCUCGCGGCGGGCGCCCGGCAGCCGGCGGCGGCGGCGCAGCGGCGGCUGCGGCGCGGCGGGGGCGAGCGGCGGGCGGCGGGCGCGGGAUGGCCGCGGCCACCUCUAACCCCUACCUCCCCGGCAACGGCAUCCUGGCGGCCGGCUCCAUCGUCCACGCGGACUCGGGCGGCGGCGGCGGCGGCGGCGGCGGCGGCAUGCAGCCGGGGAGCGUGGCCGUCACCUCGGUGGCGGGCGGCUACCGCGGCGACCCGGCGGCCAAGAUGGUCCAGAGCGACUUCAUGCCGGGCGCCAUGGCCGCCAGCAACGGCGGCCAUAUGCUGAGCCAUGCCCACCAGUGGGUGACAGCCCUGCCCCACGCCGCCGCCGCCGCCGCCGCCGCCGCCGCCGCUGCCGCCGAAGCGGGCUCGCCCUGGUCCGGCAGCCCCGUGGGCAUGACGGGCAGCCCCCAGCAGCCGCCGCCGCCGCCCGACGUCAAGGGCAGCGGCGGACGCGACGACCUGCACUCGGGAGCGGCGCUGCACCACCGGCCGCCCCACCUGGGCCCCCCGCACCAGGGGCACCCGGCGGCCUGGGGGGCGGCGGCGGCCGCCCACCUACCCUCCAUGGCCGGCGGGCAGCAGCAGCAGCAGUCGCUCCUCUACUCGCAGCCCGGGGGUUUCACGGUGAACGGCAUGUUGAGCCCCCCCCCCGGCGGUCAGAGCCUGGUGCACCCGGGGCUCGUGCGCGGCGAGACGCCGGAGCUGGGCGAGCACCCCGGGCAUCACCACCACCACCACCACCAGCACCCCGGGCACCACCCGCCGCACCACGGCGGCGUCAACAGCCACGACCCGCACUCGGACGAGGACACGCCGACCUCCGACGACCUGGAGCAGUUCGCCAAGCAGUUCAAGCAGCGGCGGAUUAAGCUGGGCUUCACCCAGGCCGACGUGGGGCUGGCGCUGGGCACCCUCUACGGCAACGUCUUCUCGCAGACCACCAUCUGCCGCUUCGAGGCCCUACAGCUCAGCUUCAAGAACAUGUGCAAGCUGAAGCCUUUGUUGAACAAGUGGCUGGAGGAAGCCGACUCUUCCACGGGCAGUCCCACCAGCAUCGACAAGAUCGCCGCCCAGGGCAGGAAGAGGAAGAAGCGGACCUCCAUCGAGGUGAGUGUCAAGGGGGCCUUGGAGAGCCACUUUCUGAAAUGCCCCAAGCCCUCCGCCCAGGAGAUUACGAACCUAGCGGACAGCCUGCAGCUGGAGAAGGAGGUGGUCAGGGUUUGGUUUUGCAAUCGGAGGCAGAAAGAGAAACGGAUGACCCCCCCGGGGAUCCAGCAGCAGACCCCCGACGAUGUCUACUCCCAGGUCGGCACCGUCAACUCCGACACGCCGCCCCCUCACCACGGACUGCAGACCAGCGUGCAGUGAGGGGCACCGCGGGCGGGCCGGGCAGCGCGGGGGCAGCGCGGGCCGGGCCGGGCCGGGCCGGGCAGAGCCGCCGGCCCCGCCGCCGGCCCCGGCACCGCCGCGCACAGCCGCACGCUCACACAGACACACGCGCGCACACACACACGAUCCAGGCUCGUUCAGACUGCUUGUGUUUAUAUAUAUAUGGAUAUAUGCGUGCAUCUAUAUAUAUAUAAGAUCGAUACCAAUAGGGAGCGGUGGAGAAGGUCGAUCCGAGCGAGAGCGUUUAGACCGUGUUGGGAAAACGGGGUGGAGAUGCAUAAUGCACCAAAACUGCAGAUGUGCCGGGGGGUUGGUUGGUUGGUUGUGGGGAAAGGUCUUGGGGGGGGUGGGCUUGGGCUUUAUUUUUAUUUUUCUCCAAAUUAUCCCCUUCUCGCAGUAAGGAGCACCACUGUCUGCUCUUCUUCUCUCCCCUCCUCCA